AUGCUUUCAAUUGGUUCACAAAAAUCAAUGCCAAAACCACCAUCUAUUUGUGAAGAACGCUCAUCAGAUGAUGAUGAUGACGAUGAUAAAAUCGAUUUAAAUCGUCAUUCAAGUGAACUCAAUCAAUCGACUAAUUUAUCAGAUUUAAAUAAAUCUCUUAAAGGUGAUAUUCAUAGUCCUUCAUCCAGUGGUAGAAUAACGUCUAGUAAAAUUCUAAAUGCUUCCAUUCCAUCACCUAUAGCUGGAUCCAGUUCAUCGUCUACAGCUACUAAGUAA